AUGUCGAGCCUGCCAUUCACGGGCCGUCUGGGCGCGUCCUCGUCGUCCUCCUUCGUCACAGAUUCGACUGGCACUUCAGUCGCGGUCGGGCAGGGUACGGGCGUGGAUGCGGGUGGCACUCAGAACAUAUUUUUGGGCUUCAAUGCCGCCAAGAGUAACACUGGGAGCUCAAACCUGAUCGCUGGAUACGCGGCGAAUAGCGAGUCGACAGGAUCGACUACCGGGGCGGUCAUCCUUGGCGCGAAUGCGGGCCUCCUGGCGAGCAAUUCGUCGGACAACGUGCUGAUCGGCAACGCGGUGGCCCAGCACACGCUGACCGCCAGCCAGGUGGUCGCGAUCGGGGCACGUGCCUUCUCCGAGAACACGAGCGGCUGGUUCAACUGCGUGAUGGGCGCGGACAGCUUCGCGAACACGGGCUCUUCGGCGAAGAACGUCGCGCUGGGUGCCUUCAGCGGGUAUCAGGUGAACACGAACAACUCGUGCAUCAUGGGCUAUCAGGCCGCGUACGGCAAGGACGCCAGGCUGUGCGAGGGUCUGGUCGUGAUCGGCUCGCAGGCGAUGUACAACAUAUCGGCCGUCGUGAACGGUCUCAGCAUCGGCCGAUUCAGCGGAUUCAAUCUGACGACGGCGACGGAUUUCAUGGCCAUCGGGAGCCGAGCGGGGUAUGCGGUGACGACUCAGGACUCGGUAUUAGCGGUAGGACACGCGAGCGCGCAGAACGCGCAGUUGACGGACGAGGUCACCCUGCUGGGACACGGUUCCGGGAAGAGCCUGGCGGGGGGCGGCGCGGUCGCCUUGGGGAACAGGGCGGCCGCGACGGCGAGGGGUACCGACCUGACCGCGGUGGGCAUAGAUGCCCUGAACGGCGCGCUCCCCCGCGCGGUGUCGUCCACCGUGGCGGUCGGCAAGCAGAGCGGGUACGGUGCCGCCUGCACCGAUUCCAUCUACCUGGGAAAUUGCGCCGGAAAGGGGGCCACCGGGUCGGGAUGCGUGUUCAUAGGGCAUCAGAGCGGGGCCAGCGAGACGUCGUCCUUCCGCUUCGUGCUCGGGGCCACCAGCACGAGGGCGCCUCUGCUGACGGGCAACCUGGACACGAACGCCUGCCCUUAUCUGACGGUGAACGGGGCGCUGCGGAUCCAGCAGUCCAGCCCCGGCAGCCCCACCGCCGUGGACGACGGGAUCGUGUUCAACAAGGACGCGACGUCGUGGCAGGUCUACGUGGACGACUCGGACGGUCUGUCUGUGCGCAAGAACGGGUCGCCGGUGGUGUACUUCGACAGCGAGGCCGAUCUGGCAGCCAACCUCGACUUCACGGGCCAGCAUAGGACGGCCGUGACAGAGAGCUUCCGGUCCCUCGUGGUCGCAGGCACCACGCCGCAAGGGGUCCCUCUGGUCGGCUGCGUCGUGUGCAGCACGGGUCGAAUCAGCUCCGUGCCAGACAAGACUGGCGUGGUGAGGACGGGUUCGGACGGGAUCAGGGUCUCGUGCGCCCUGCCGGUGGUGGAGCUGAGCAUGGAACGGAAGGACAAAAGGUGCUUCGGCGUCUUCGCGGGAUGCGAGGACAUGCUGCUGACGGGAUCCGGAGGAGCCAGGUCGAGAGUCUACCGAGCCGGCGGGAUGAACGUCGUGGUGGCCAAGGCCUCGAACGACGAUCGGGUCGUGAUCAACAGCCUGGGAGAGGGCGCGUGCUGGAUCGUCGGCGAGCCCGGCACGCGGGUGGAGAACGGCGACUACGUCUGUACCAGCGACGUCCCCGGCUUGGCGGAGCCGCAGGACGACGACGUGAUGCACUCGUACACGGUGGCGAAACUCACCAUGAGCUGCGACUUCGAUCCGGACAGCCUGGACCAUGCUUGCGUGGCCUUCGAGUACGACGGACGGGCGCGCGUCGCCUGCCUGUUGGCGUGCACAUCCACUAGGAGAAUCAGACUCAAGGAUCCUCCGUAA